CGCAGGCGCAGGAGCCGGCGCAGGCGCGCAAGCGUCUGGCUGCGGCUCUGGUUGUCCCCAGCGUGCUCUGCGGCGCUAGGCUCUGCUCAGCCUCUCGGCUGGUAAGGGGCCGGAAUGGCGGCAGCUGGUGCUGGGGCAACCCGGCUGCUCCUGCUCUUGCUGAUGGCGGCAGCAGCGCCUAGUCGGGCCCGGGGAAGCGGCUGCCGUGCUGGGGCCACUGCGCGGGGGGCUGGGGCUGAUGGCCGAGACGGCGAGGGCUGUGGCACCCUGGGGCUGCUGCUGGAGCACUCCUUUGAGAUUGAUGACACCGCCAACUUCCGGAAGCGGGGCUCACUGCUCUGGAACCAGCAGGAUGGAACCUUGUCUUUGACGCAGCGGCAGCUCAGUGAGGAGGAGCGAGGCCGACUUCGGGAUGUGGCAGCCCUGAAUGGCCUGUACCGGGUCCGAGUCCCCAGGAGGCCAGGAUCCCCCAACAGUCUAGAAGUUGGUGGCUAUGUCUCAUCCUUUGUCCCAGCGUGCUCACUGGUCGAGUCGCACCUCUCAGACCAUCUCACCCUGCAUGUGGACGUGGCUGGCAAUGUGGUGGGCAUAUCGGUGGUGACACACCCUGGGGGCUGCCGGGGCCAGGAGGUGGAAGAUGUGGACCUGGAGCUGUUCAAUACCUCCGUGCAGCUGCGGCCACCAGGAACGGCCCCAGGCCCUGAGACAGCAGCCUUCAUUGAGCGCCUGGAGAUGGAGCAGGCCCAGAAGGCCAAGAACCCCCAGGAGCAGAAGUCCUUUUUCGCCAAAUAUUGGCACCUCAUCCUGGGGGGGGCCGUGUUGCUCACAGCCCUGCGUCCUGCCGCCCCGGGGCCCGCGCCAACGCCGGAGGCCUGAUGGAUGUACAUCGUGCCCGUGGUCCUGUUCCUGAUGAUGUCGGGAGCGCCGGACGCCGGGGGCCAGA